AUGACGACCUCGGCAAAAGUCAAAAGGCUAUUUCAAGACAGGAUUGGACUAAAUAGAGCUUCUCAAUUCAUAAACUGGGAGAGGAUUCUUCAAGAUGAUGACGAUGAAGGAGUGGAAGAAGUACAACGUUUCGAGUACGAGCAACAAUUGGACCGAACUUUUCUUUCGAAAGGUGCGAUUAUUGGUCUUGGUUUUGCAUUGAUGAGCCCUGUACUUGGUAUGAGCACUACUAUUAGCAUAGGGCUUAAUAACGGUGGCCCUUUAACAAUAAUUGUUGGCUUUGUUGUCUGCGGUAUUGCAACAUGGUUGUGCUCAUUGUCGCUUGGUGAGAUUGUAUCAAGAUUUCCUAUCGAGCUUCACGGAGGUAGUGCUAUGCUAGCUCCCCAAGGAUAUCAAUUGUGCUGCUCGUGGUUUACCGGGUGGCUUAUGCUCCUUGGAAACUGGACAAUGAGUACCAGUAUCACAUUUGCAGGUGCACAACUCGUGAUAUCACUUAUAACAAUGACUAACGACAGACUCAUCGGCGAAAAUUUCCUUAUGCUUUUUACAGUACUAGCCUUCUACUUAAUUGUCACUAUCGUGGGACUUAUUAAUUUGAAAUUUGCUGGUUUUAUUGAGACUGUUAACAAGGUUUGCGUCUACUGGAUCAUCUAUGCCGUUAUUUUUAUUGACAUACUGUUGCUGUUGUUUCAUUCAGGUCAGUACAGAUCUUUAAAAUACGCCUUGACACAUUUUGACAAUUCAAGGUCAGGCUACGCGAAUGCUGCUCUUUCUUUCAUGAUUGGUUUUCAGCAGUCCAACUUUACCCUUCAAGGUUUUAGUAUGCUCCCAGCAUUAGCCGAUGAGGUGAAGGAACCGGAGAGGGACAUUCCCAAGGGCAUGUCUACCGCAGUUUUGACGUCAACAAUAGCAGGUAUUGUUUUUUUAUUACCAAUUAUGCUUAUACUGCCAGAUUUGGAAACGAUAUUCAGCAACCCAAAAUUGAUGCCAAUUGUCUUAAUAUUCACAAAUUCAACACACUCCAUGUUCGUCUCUAUCUUCCUCGUAAUAAUGAUUUUGGGGAAUCUAUUAUUUUCCGGUAUAGGUUCAAUGACGACAUCGUCGCGCGCUGUAUACAGCAUGAGUCGUGAUAUGGCCUUACCUUACAGUCAGUUUUGGUCAUAUGUGGAUCCUAGCUCGAAGCAUAAAGUGCCGAGGAACUCUAUUCUAUUAAGCAUGGGUAUUUCUUACGUUUUGGGUCUUUUAGCGCUCGUCUCUACAGCAGCUUUCAACGCAUUUGUGGGUGCUGCGGUCCUAUGCUUGUGCUCUGCUACAUGCAUACCGCUUAUAUUAGUCGUAAUUUCUCGUCGCAGGGCAUUACACGGCUCGCCGGUGAAAGUCCGCUAUAGAUUAGGCUGGCCGGUGAAUAUUAUAAGCAUAUGCUGGUUGAUCUUCACAAUGGGGGUGAUUUGUAUGCCUCCAAAAAUCCCGGUAACUUUCGGAACCAUGAAUUACGCAUUCGUGGUAUAUCUUCUCUUCCUGAGUGGAGUCACAGCACUGUAUUUCCGAUGGGGCAAAUACAAUUUCAGGACACCAUUAAUUGGCGAGGACAACAAGGUGAACAAUUCUCAAGACACAGUAGACUUGCAAGAAGUCGUUUCCACAAAAUGA